CAUUUUACUGCGCAGCCGCAGAUUCAAUGUGUCCAGACGUGACAACAAACGUUAUCAGCAUCGGAGAAAAUGGGCACAGUAUUGGCAUCUAAAUCAUUUUGAUAAGAUAAAAACUUCCAUCAAAACACGUUUGCUUUUGUCUCAUAUGAUUUUAUAAUCAAAACUGAAGUCUUAAAAUGCCGAGCAACAAGAUGGACAAAUCUGACAAGCCGGAGGUCAUGGACAGCGUCAAAGUGGUUGUGCGAUGUCGCCCGCUGAACCAGAAGGAGAGGAGUAUGGGCCACAAGCAGGCCGUCAGUGUGGAUGAGAACCGAGGGACCAUAACCGUCAACAAAUUAGAGACCACCCACGAACCCCCCAAGACCUUCACAUUUGACACGGUGUUCGGACCGGACAGCAAACAGCUGGACGUUUACAAUCUGACAGCCCGCCCCAUCAUAGACUCAGUAUUGGAGGGUUACAAUGGGACCAUCUUCGCGUACGGACAGACAGGGACAGGAAAGACGUUCACCAUGGAGGGAGUGAGGGCAGUGCCAGAGCUCCGAGGAAUAAUCCCCAACUCCUUUGCUCAUGUGUUCGGCCACAUCGCCAAAGCAGAGGGCGACACCCGGUUCCUAGUUCGCGUCUCUUAUCUGGAGAUUUACAAUGAAGAAGUGAGGGACCUGCUGGGGAAGGACCAGAUGCAGAGGCUAGAGGUGAAGGAGAGGCCAGAUGUGGGUGUUUACAUCAAGGACCUGUCUGGUUAUGUGGUGAACAACGCUGAUGACAUGGACCGGAUUAUGACAAUGGGGCACAAGAACCGCUCGGUUGGCUCCACCAACAUGAAUGAACACAGCUCUCGCUCUCAUGCCAUCUUCACCAUCACCAUCGAGUGCAGCGAGAAGGGUAUGGAUGGAGACCAGCACGUACGCAUGGGAAAACUCCACUUAGUGGAUCUGGCGGGUUCUGAGCGUCAGGGGAAGACAGGAGCGACGGGCCAGCGGCUGAAAGAGGCCACUAAGAUCAACCUGUCUCUGUCCACGCUGGGUAACGUCAUCUCAGCUCUGGUGGACGGGAAGAGCACCCACGUCCCCUACAGGAACUCCAAACUCACCCGCCUGCUGCAGGACUCACUGGGGGGAAACUCCAAGACCAUGAUGUGUGCGAACAUCGGCCCAGCGGACUACAACUACGACGAGACCAUCAGCACGCUGCGUUACGCCAACCGGGCCAAGAACAUCAAGAACAAAGCCCGGAUCAAUGAAGACCCCAAGGAUGCCCUGCUACGGCAGUUCCAGAAGGAGAUCGAAGAGCUUAGGAAGAAACUCCAAGAAGGGGAAGAGAUCUCCGGGUCAGAGGGCAGUGGAUCAGAAGAGAUGGAUGAAGGAGAUGACGAGGGAAGAGAGGGACGAAUGAAGCGGAGAGGCAGUGGCAGCAGCAUCAGUAGCUCAGACUCCUCUAUAGAGGCACAGACCACUGAGGAGAAACCCAAGGCUCAGACUAAAGACAGAGGGAAGAAGAAGAAGAAGGUUUCUCCUGACAAGAUGGUGGAGAUGCAGGCGAAGAUCGAGGAGGAGAGGAAGGAGCUAGAAGCCACGCUGGACAUGGAGGAGGAGGAGAGGAACAAGGCCAGGGCAGAACUGGAGAAGAGAGAGAAGGAUCUCCUCAAAGCGCAGCAGGAGCAUCACCUGCUGCUGGAGAAGCUGUCAGCCCUGGAGAAGAAGGUGAUCGUAGGAGGAGUGGAUCUCCUGGCCAAGGCUGAGGAGCAGGAGAAACUACUGCAGGAGUCUAACAAUGAGUUAGAGGAGAGACGCAGGAGGGCUGAGCAGCUCCGCAGAGAGCUAGAGGAGAAGGAGGCGGAGCGUCUGGACAUGGAAGAGAAGUACUCCAGUCUGCAGGAGGAGGCUCAGGGGAAGACCAAGAAGCUGAAGAAAGUCUGGACCAUGCUGAUGGCUGCCAAGUCAGAGAUGGCCGACCUGCAGCAGGAGCAUCACCGGGAGAUCGAGGGCCUGCUGGAGAAUAUCCGCCACCUCAGCAGAGAGCUACGACUGCAGAUGCUCAUCAUAGACAGCUUCAUCCCACAGGAAUACCAGGAGAUGAUUGAGAACUAUGUACAGUGGAAUGAGGACAUUGGGGAAUGGCAGCUGAAGUGUGUAGCGUACACUGGUAACAACAUGAGAAAACAGACCCCCGUGCCGGACAAGAAAGAAAAAGAUCCGUUUGAGGUGGACCUGUCUCAUGUGUACUUGGCCUACACAGAGGAGAGUAUGAGACAGUCACUGAUGAAGCUGGAGAGGCCCAGGACCUCCAAGAGUAGUAGGCCCAAGACUGGACGAAGGAAAAGAUCAGCGAAUCCCGAGGCUGUGAUGGAAUCCCUGCUGCAGUGAGAGAGCCAAUCAGGGCUGGAGCCCCAUGUACUGCAAUGAAUCUACACUGCUUUACCUUAGAAUGAACAACAGUCAGUCAAUGAUUCUACACUACUUUACCUUAGAAUGAACAACAGUCAGUCAAUGAAUCUACACUACUUUACCUUAGAAUGAACAACAGUCAGUCAAUGAAUCUACACUACAUUACCUUAGAAUGAACAACAGUCAGUCAAUGAAUCUACACUACUUUACCUUAGAAUGAACAACAGUCAGUCAAUGAAUCUACACUACAUUACCUUGGAAUGAACAACAGUCAGUCAAUGAAUCUACACUACUUUACCUUAGAAUGAACAACAGUCAGUCAAUGAAUCUACGCUACAUUACCUUAGAAUGAACAACAGUCAGUCAAUGAAUCUACACUACUUUACCUUAGAAUGAACAACAGCAGUCAGUCAAUGAAUCUACACUACUUUACCUUAGAAUGAACAACAGUCAGUCAGUCAAUAAAUCUACACUACUUUACCUUAGAAUGAACAACAGCAGUCAGUCAAUGAAUCUACACUACUUUACCUUAGAAUGAACAACAGUCAGUCAGUCAAUAGUCGAACAUGAAGAUCUUUAUUGUCGUUAUUUAAACAGAUGUUGUUAAUACACUGUUUAGCCAAGUAAGGUUUUAAAUGUGAAGGGAGGAGAGGAAACUGUUGGUCGGUCGGUCAGGGAGGGAGGGAGGGGAAGGAGGGAGGGAGGGAGGGAGCAGGCAGCAGAAACUACUGUAGGAUUUAGUCAGCGUCCCAAAUGGCGCACCCUAUUUAGUGCACUACUUUUGACCAGAGCCCUAUGGGAUACCCUAUGAGCCCUGGUCAAAAGUAGUGCACUAAAUAUGGAAUAGGGUGUCAUUUGGACCUGCCCCUUAGACUGCUCAAGUCAAGGGGACCUUGUAUUAUAAUAAGGGGAGGCUUGUUGAGGAUAGUCAGCUUAAUGUUGAGUCUUAAUGUAGUCAUCGAGCACAGUUCAGUGGGAAACACACUGGCUACGUCCCAAAUGAAACCCUAUUCCCAUUAUAGUGCACUACUUUUGACCAGGGCUCAUAGGGUGUCCUGUAAUGCUCUGGUCAAAAGUAGUGCACUAAAUAGGGAAUAGGGUGCCAUUUGGGACGUAGGAGAUUCGUCUAUGAUGAGCACAAGCCAUGGUUUUUUGAACAGGUCUUCAAAGACGAAAGCGACGACAACAACAAACACUGUUUUGAGAUGACGAUGUCGCCACUCCUACUGGCAGGAUGUAAUGGAUACAUCUGAUGGCCUUUCACAAAAAAACUAUUCCAGAAAUGAUUCAUAUGUGCACCACAGGUCAUAAUGCCCUUAUUUCAAGCAUCAAACUUAUGGGAGUCUGAAGUGUGCUUUUAAGCUUAGUUUCCUUCUUUAUGUCUGAAGGGUAGCACAUGCAUGCCAUGCUGCUUCCAUAGACGAGUGCGCCACAAUGGGACAAACUACACUAUAUUUAGUCUCCAAAUGUUUAGUGAAAACGAAUACAUUUGCACAAUGAGCGCUUAUCUCUAAAAUGCAUCCUUACAAGUUGUUGGUUAGCAAGGGUAUUUUCACCAUAUUAGCAUGGACGUGACAUCAGUCGAAACACCCCAAAAUAAAAUGUGAUAUUAAUAACGAGAUACUACAAGCUGAAACCAGCCUCUUACGAUUCCCCACGUUGCAGCUUUCUGUCAUUGUUGUUCGCUAUCUGAAUGUUCAGAAUCGUAACGCCACACGGACUUCUGUCUUGUCGAGACGCACUGAUGUCAGCUAACCCGUCUAUAUAGUAAUGCCAUUCGCCCAUUAAACACUAACUAGGACAUUCAUUUGUCACGCUUUGAUUUCUUCCUUUACAGCUCAUCGUUCAUGGUGUAUUGUAGUGGAAGCAAAGUGUCUUUAUUUUGGAAUUUACUGUAUUUCAAAUGUUUACAUUACUGUAUUUUGUUAAUUUAUUAAAUUAUUGCACAUGUCUAA